AUGGUGACUCAAAAGUCUCUCGUCCUCACCGAAAAAGGGAAACCUACGGCCUUCACCACCCUGCCAAUCCCGACCCCAACCUCCACUCAACUCCUAAUCAAAACAACACCCAGGGACGUGAUAGUAACUAUCAUAGACCAAAGAAUUCGGGACAUAGACAGCUUUGACUUCUACCCCAAGCUCUCAGCUCACAAUGAAAAGUUCCCCAAUGGCUCUCACGUCUUCUCCCAAUACACAAGUUUCCUCCCCAUCGGUGGUGGAUUACAAGAAUACACUCUUGUGCAUCCCGUCUAUGCGGCCCUUGUUGUAGAGGGAGUUACGGAUGAAGCUGCAGCUAGUUGGCCAAUCAAUGCUGUUACUGUUGGCAUAGCGAUAUUCUCGAAGGGUGAAUUUGGGUGGAGAUUUCCUAGGACGAAGGAAGAAGAGGAUGGUAGAUUGGAGGGAGAGAAAUUGGUCACCGUGGGUGUUGCAAGACUGGCUGUUGUGCGGACUAUCAUUGCUACUGCUUCAACUUCCCACAGAAAAGAGUUGAAGGGGUAUGGUGCAACGCAUUUCGUUGCUCGCCAAGCAGAGAUUGUUGAAAAGCAGGUUCGAGCCAUUGGAGCUGAGGACCUAGUACAUGUGUUUGAUUGCACACCGGGAGGGAACCACAAUCUUGUAGUAUCUCUCCUUUCAACUUCUAAGAAAGGGAUGUUCGUACAUUUGACUCUGGGGAAUGUUUAUGGGGACGUUGUGGCGAGGAAGAAGGCGGGAUAUGAGGACAAGCAGAUCAAGUUUCCUAAAUUAGUGGACAGUGGGAAUAUCAAGCUGUUGAGGUAUAAGUUGUUUGAGUGCUUGGAUGUUGAAAAGAUAAAUGCUGCGUUUGAUGAGACGGGAGCUUUGAAGGGAGUGCACUACCACGCACGGUUUUAG